AUGCCGACGCUGGGCAUCGCGCCGCUGCUGGACGCCUACUUCCGGCGCCGCUUCGCCGCGGCGGGCCUCGUCGAGGCCUCCGUCCCGCUGGACGGCGGCGCCACCACGGUCCACUGCUGGCGCUUCUCGCCGGGCGCCGCCGAUGACGAAGAGGGCGACGCCCGCCCCGUCCUGGUGCUCCUGCACGGCUUCGGGCCCCCGGCGACGUGGCAGUGGCGGCGCCAGGUGGGCCCGCUCUCGCGCCGGUUCCGCCUCAUCGUCCCGGACCUCCUCUUCUUCGGCGGCUCGUCCACCACGUCGGCGCCCGGCGCCGGGCGGGUCUCCGAGGCGCAGCAGGCGGAGGCGGUGGCGAAGCUCGUGGCGGCCGUAGUGGCGCCGGAGCCGGGCACGCCGGUGCGCGUGUCCGUGGCCGGCACCAGCUACGGCGGGUUCGUGGCGUACCACGUGGCGCGGCUGCUGGGCCCCGCCGCGGUGGAGCGGGUGGUCAUCGCCAGCUCCGACCUGCUCAAGGCUGCCAACGACGACCGCGCCCUGCUCCGCCGCAGCGGCGCCGAGCGCGUCGAGGACGUCAUGCUGCCGCGCUCCCCGGAGCAGAUGCGGCGGCUGCUGCAGCUCGCCUACCACCGCCCGCGCCGCUUCACGCCGGGCUUCGUGCUCCGCGACCUCGUCCAGUAUCUGUACAGCGACAAAGUAGAAGAGAAGAAGGAGCUAAUCAAGGGGAUAACACUGGGUAACAAAGAAAAAUUCCAGCUUACACCUCUCCCCCAGGAAGUCCUUGUGUUGUGGGGAGAGCAUGAUCAGAUAUUCCCUGUCGAGAAAGCAUUUGAAGUGGCAAGGAAACUUGGAGCAAAUGCUAGGUUGGAGGUCCUCAAGGACACCGGCCACAUGCCUCAGGAAGAGGAUCCAAAGCGGUUCAACGAGGCAAUCCUGAACUUCUUGCUUCCAGCUCCAAAGUCCUCUUUGUAA